AUGUCUCCGGACUCAGCUUGUACAGCAGAGAGCUCUGUACUGGGCGAGUCCUGGGUUGUGGCGUCAACCUCAUCCUUGCAAAAGAAGCAUCUACCUGAAGAAUCAGAUCGAAAUGCACAGCCAAAUCAAGACGACGAGCGCAAGGGAUGCCAAUCGAUGACAACGUCUGCUUCUUCAAUAUCAGGCCCUGAGCUUAUCAUGCCGUCAAUAUGCGAGGUACCUAUCUCAGAAGCCUCCUGGGUAAUGCCGGAGUUGCGCUCUCGCACGGUGUCCGCGCAUACGGUCAAACGGAGAGUCAAGCGAUUAUCUGAUCGGUCAGGGAAGAAGCGAGAGUCUGAAGCGUCGAGUUUGGAAGACUCUACGACAGCGCGCAGAUCACAGGAAGACGAGAUUGUGCCCAUCAGCUCUGGAACAACAUCCAGCUCUGCGCGCAUAGAAAGAUACAUCAGACCAUUGAUCAACCUCCUCCUCAUGACGGCAAUCUCCCACCUUCUCAUUCUACCUGAGCUCGUCCAUCAAUAUCAAACCCUCUGCAGCAUCGACACAGUAUCAGCCCUCUAUCCAGCGAGCUGUAUCCCACCUUACCCGCAACCACCAUCCACAAACCCCCAAUCGCAGUCCCACCCCAAGUCCAUCCUCACCUCCCAAUCCCGCCUCGAAACCCUCUUCAACACGACCCUCACCCAAAUGUCCGUCUUACAUCCCACUCUGCAACAAACCGAGUCCCUCCUCCGCGACCUCCACACGAAUCUCAAAAAGGCCUACCCGGCCACCAAACACGAACUCGACCUCGAAUUCGCCGGCUGCACCCAAGCCGCCCGCACAGCGACAGGCAAGUUCGCCUCCCUGAAAGCAGACAUCCACUCCGCGAUGGACAGCCUCCUCGCAACCGCAGCGACCGACGACAGCACCGGCACAGGCCGAGGCCGAGCCCGCAGCGGCUCCGUCGCACAGGACGCCAGACUUUCGACCCAACUAGCCCGCCGGGAAGCAUACCUCGACCAGCUGACGGCGCGCAUGCAGUCCAAGGCCGAGGAGCUGUGCGGGGUCUUUGCCACGCUGGACGACCAUCUCGAGUCUAUCCAGGAGAUCGUGCAGAGGGAGCUGCGCGACCCUUCCUCAUCUGGUGACUUCGAGACAACCGCUGGGAAGGGGGAUAGAGGCGGCAACGCCAAGGGUCUCUGGGCGUUCAUCGAGACGAUCGUGCCGUUUACCGGCAGGACGUCUUCAGUGCGUACGGGGGAGGACGAGACCUCGACGUCCAAGAUGCGUGCGGACACGCAUCUGUCCGACUCCCUUCGGCAGGCGACAGAUCACCAUCGGCCUGUAGCUGAUCUGAUUCGGAGAUUGUAUACCGAUCUGCAGAACCUGCAAAGGAAGAAAGGGAAUUUGGUAUAA